AAUAGAGGAACAUGCACCUUUGUAGAUUCAGAAGGAGGCGAGCCCCGUAAGUCAUAAGCCCAGAGAGAUGGAUUUCUUAGCCUUGAUAUUUUGCCUCUACCUCCUCUGGGGCUUGUUCCAAGCUCUCUCUUUGAUUGCAAAGAGAGGCAAGAGGUCUCCCUCCAACCUCCCGCCCGGCCCCCGCCCUCUUCCGGUCAUUGGCAACCUUCUCGAACUCGGAAACCUUCCCCACAAGUCUCUUGCCAAGCUCGCUCGCACUUACGGCCCCAUAAUCAAACUUCAGCUCGGCUCUGUAACCACGGUCGUGAUCUCUUCCCCGACGCUCGCCAGAGAGAUCCUCCAAAGUCAUGAUGCUGUCUUCGCUAAUCGCACAAUUCCCGACACCAUCACGGCCCAUGACCAUCACCAGCUCGGCUUGCCUUGGAUGCCCGUUUCGCCUCUCUUCCGAAACCUGAGGAAAAUAUACAACUCACACCUUUUGUCCAGUAAGAAACUUGAUUCCAACCGGCAUCUUCGCAGCAAGAAAGUGCAAGAGCUCGUCGCUUAUGUUGGAAAAUGUGCACACAACGGUGACGUUGUUGAUAUUGGUGAGGCAGCUUUUAGGACUACACUCAACUCUCUGUCUAACACGGUUUUCUCUUUGGACAUGACGGACCCUUCAACUUCUGCCAAGGAGUUGAAGGAGGUAAUGUGGCAAAUCAUGGCCGAGGUUGGAAAGCCAAACAUUGCAGAUUACUUUCCUGUGCUCAAGAAGAUUGACCCACAGGGUUCGAAGCAGCGCACCGAGUUGCAUUUCAGUAAGAUGUUAGAUAUCUUCGAUGGGCUGAUCAAGCAAAGGUUGCAGCUGAGAACGCAGCCUGGUGCCACCACAAGCAACGAUGUUUUGGAUGCUCUUCUUGAUGUUGUGGAAGAUAAGAGUGAGGAUCUGGACAUCUCUCUAGUCAAGCAUCUGUUUCUGGACUUUUUUGUUGCUGGUAGCGAAACCACUUCGAGUACUCUAGAGUGGGCGAUGGGGGAACUACUUCGCAACCCGGAGAAGCUAUCAAGAGCCCAAACCGAGCUCCACCUCCUCAUUGGAAAAGGCAAGCAGAUGAAAGAAGCCGACAUAUCUCGCUUACCCUAUUUACAAGCUACCGUAAAAGAAACUUUGCGAAUGCACCCACCAAUUCCACUCCUUCUGCCUCGCAAAGCCGAAGCCGAUGCACAAAUAGGGGGUUUCACUAUUCCAAAAGGUGCACAAGUGCUUCUUAAUGCAUGGGCUAUAGGAAGAGAUCCUGCAAUUUGGGCCAGUCCAAAUGAGUUCAUGCCAGAGAGAUUUUUGGGAUCUGACAUAGAUCUGAGGGGACAAAACUUCGAGCUCAUACCGUUUGGUGGCGGCAGGCGGAUUUGUCCGGGAUUGCCACUGGCCAUGAGAAUGUUACAUCUGAUGCUGGGUUCACUCAUUAACGCAUUCAACUGGAGGCUCGAAGAUGGUGUCGCACCAGGUAAGAUGAACAUGGAAGACAAGUUCGGGAUAACCGUGCAACGGGCUCAACCCGUGAAAGCAGUGGCUGUACCAGUGUAACUCACGUGAAGGUUUUAUGUCAUAACACCUGCUACGUGACCAUUACUUUAAAGAAAUUGUGAGACCAUUCAUCUCGACACAUUUCCAUUGUAUGAUUGGUUCUUUGCAUGAAACCAUCACCGUUCAAUGGAAUGAAUCUAUAUCGUAUUCUUGGUUGUA